UGGCCAAAGGGCAGCUCCCACAAGGGUCAGACUCUGACCAACCAACCUAAGGAACCAGGAGGAAGGCAGCUGAUCUCAUCUUGUUCUUCAAUUUCUCCAUUUUCUUGGGCAAAGAGGUGGGCAGCACCACAAAAAUGCUUCUGUUGCGAGAGGCCAAGAUGCUUCAGACUCUACACCGAUCUCUGGCCAAAAGCAUCCCGGAGUCCCUGAAGGUAUAUGGCUCCAUUUUCCACAUAAAUCGGGGAAACCCUUUCAACUUGGAGGUUCUAAUAGACUCCUGGCCAGAGUAUCAGACCGUCAUUACCCGUCCUCAGAAACAGGAGAUGACUGAUGACAUGGAUCAUUACACAAAUACUUAUCACAUCUUCACCAAAACUCCUGAGAGAUUGCCAGAGAUACUAGAAUCCAAUGAUGUCAUCAACUGGGAUCAGAUUCUGAGUAUCCAAGGUUGCCAACAAGGUUUGAAUGAAAAAAUACAAAGUGUUGCAGCUUCCAAGUCAGUACAAAUAGAUUACUCCAAGAGGUUUCUCUAUAUAACAGAAGCCACUCUACAAUUGAAGUCUUCCAAUAAGAGAAUAUUUGGGAGAUCCCAAGAAGCAACUAUCCAAAAUACCGGAGAGUUUAGGAGUGAAAUUGAUAACUUCAAAUCCAUCUUGUUGAACGUCUCCCAUUCUGAGUUGGUGAACGACAACUGGAAAUUUGGAAAGAAUGAGAAAAGCCUUAGAUAUAUCAAAAACUGUAUCAAGAAUUUUCCUGGAUAUUGUCUACUCGAUCCUGAGGGGAAUCCCAUAUCCUGGGGUGUGAUGGAAGCAACAUGUGAAUUAAGGAUGGCAUAUACCCUGCCAGAAUAUCGAGGCAAGGGCAUGUUAGGGGAGCUGAUGAAUGCAUAUAUGGAAUAUCUUCAGCAGAAUGAGAUUCCUUUUUAUCUUCAUGUGGAAGACAUGAAUGAGAACUCCCACAAAGUAGUGAGGCGCUGUGGUUUCAGUGCCAUGACUUGUGAUUGGCAUCAGUGGAAAAGCAUCCCAACUAGAUUGCAGCAAUUACCCCAUUUCUGACUUAGGCUAUGUCAGUGUCACUCCACUUGUAUUUUAUUAUACCUUAUUUUGAGACUGGGAUAUCCCUAUCUCAUCCAGGCUAGAAGUUGUAAGAGCCCCUCAUAAUCCUAGACCCACUGAUGCUAUGCACAGCAGCCUUGACCAGCUCCAUGUCUGAUAUGGGCCCCUGGUCCCUUUUUUCAGCAUCUUGAUGGCCUUCUGGUCUCAGAGGUCAGAAGUAGUUCAGACUGAUUGGCUUUAGCGUUACUGCAGUUCAGAACUCCAGAGUUCAAGCAACCCACCAGCCUCAGCCUUCCCUAAACCCACAUCUAGCAGAGAAUAUAAGAAUGUACUUCCAAGCCCAGACUCCAUCCCCCACUUUUAGCAUAGCCACUAGAGACAGCAUCCAAUGGGGUCACCUUUGAAUAUGCAGGACAAUUGCCCUCAAUUUAGUGAGCCUAAUUUUACGGAGUUCGAAUACUGCCCAUACUUCAAACUAACUCCUUGCAACCUCUCUGGAUGUCCCCCAUGCCUGGAAUGCUCUCCCUUCUAAUCUCCAUCUCCUAGCUUCCCUGGCUUCCUUUAAAAGUGAAUCAAAGUCCUCCCUUCUACAGGAGAUUUUUUCCUAGUUCUCCCUCCAUCCCGCACCAGUGCCUUUUCCUCUCGGAUUACCUUCUAUUUAAUCUGUAUAUAUCUUGUAUUACCUAUUAUUCCCAUAUUUGAAUUUUGAAUUGUUGCUUUUUAAAGUUCUGACCCUAAUGAACAGCAAAAAAUGGAAAUGUCCAUAUACAUAGUAUAAUACACAUACAAAACUGUA